CACAGCGACUAGUAAACAACAACAGCUGUUCGCAUUCUCGAAUUUUAUUUUCUGUAUUCGCAUUAAGCUUUGGUCCAAAAUAUUGCAAAAACACUCCCACGAUGCAACAGAUCAGCUAGGUAGUUGUGUGGUACUUAGGGCAGCAAGCAGGACUUGAGAAAGGACACCAGCAAAAUGUCGCAGACAGCAUCCACAACGCAAAGUGUAACCGCUGCACCGGCGGGUGGCAGCAGACGCAAUGAAGUGGGCGGCGUGGGCGUCAUCGGGACCACCAUGUCGGCUAGAUAUGGAGAAACAGAAUGGGAGGCUCGGGAGUCCCAGCGGCAGAGGGAACUGCACGAAGCUCGAGCACGGGCGGCGCAGAUGGAGAAAACCAUGAAGUGGUGGUCCGACUGCACUGCCAACUGGCGGGAGAAGUGGAGUAAGGUCCGCAACGAGCGGAAUAAGGCCAGAGAGGAGUCCAAGCAGCUGAGCCUCAAACUGGACGGCGUCAUGAAGGAGGCCCACUCGCUGAAGCGGGAGAAGAACGAUCUCGAGUUGCAGAUCACGCAGCUAAAGAAGGAGAUGGAGAAAGUGCACACGCUGAUGAUGAAGCACGCCGGUCAGUUCCAUCGAGCCGACACCAGCGAGGAUGCGGAGGCCAACGGACGGGAUGCCAACUGCUCGCCGGAUAUCUCCUCGGAUGGCUUAAAGAAUAUCAAUAGCGAGGACGGCUUGGUUACCAAGCUGCCCAAUGAUGUCAAGGAUCUAGACAUUGAGGAGUUCGCUAUGAAGGGGGCUAUGCCCAAACAUCUGACCGAGUUGGACGAAGCGGCGGCUGCCGAGGAGAAGCGCCUGAUUCAGCAAUUGUCAAAGGAUGACUUUGACGAAGACUACUUGCUGCAAAAGAUAUCCAUGCUGCAAUUGCGCCUCGACGAGGCUCAGAAAACUCUUCAAGCGGAAAGGGACGAAAAGCUGGAGCUGCACAAGAGCAUUGAGAAACUGACGCUGGAGAUCCAGGACGUGCGCGGACGUCAAGAGGAGAUGCGCUCGGCCAAGCAGGAGGCAGUGCGUGAACUAUUAACUCUUCAAGAACAACAUCGUGCUGAGAUGCGUAUCGUGAAUAACUCGCUGCAGGAGGAGAUUGCUGCCCGUGAGAAUCUCGAGCGCCGCCUCACGGAGCUUCGCACUGAACUGGAGCACCUUCAGGCGGAGAACGCCUCCGAAUGGGGCAAGCGCGAGCGACUGGAGUCCGAGAAAUUGGCCAUGGAGCGUGACAACAAGAAACUGCGCGCAGAACUGCGAGAUUAUCAGGAACGUUCGGACCGUAAGUGCCGACCCAUGCAAGCUAAUGACGUGGAGCUGCGAGCAUUGCAGCAGGAACUUUCGGAGCGCAACAAGGAGAUCAGCGAGGUGAAGAUGUCGCACGCCAAGCUAAAGAAGUUGCUGGCCGAAACAAACACAGAGCUGGGACACGCCGUGCGGCGAGCCGAGCAGUAUGAGGCGGAGGUGAAGCGUCUGCGUCAGCGUGUGGAGGAGCUGAAGCGGGAGUUAGCUGGUGCUGAGGACGAACUGGAUUCGGCCGUUAACCAAGUGCGCCGCUUGCAGCGUUCCAACGAUGAGCUGGUGGGUCAGACGGAAGGAUUACAGGUGCAGAUUCAGCACCUCCAGAAUAGACGUGCUCCCAGUCCCCAGCUGCGGGGCAUGGGCGGGGUGCAAUUGAGGAAUAAGAUUGCCGUGGAGCUGCCCAACGACUGUCUGCCGAAUAUCAAUGAUCUUCGCCAGAUCUUUGAUGACUCGCAGGCAGGUUUGAGGAGCUCCCACAAUGGCAGCGAUGCCGCUAUGCAUCAUGCUGCUUCCGUAAAGAGAUCUAGUCACACGGAACGAACGCUCCUGCAGCAGCAGCAGAGUAGUGCUGCGGCAUCUGCAGCGGCGGCGGCAGCGGCAGCAGCUGCUUUUUUUGAUGCCAAGCCCACGCAUCUGGAGGAGAAUAUAUUUGAGUCGAAGUCACGGAAUCUGGAGUUCGAGCGGGCCAAGCAGAAAUUCGAUAAUCCUCACGGACAGCACCAUCAUCAUCACCAGAGGCAGCGAUCCGGAAACGGACGUUAUGGCAGCGCAGGCAGCAGUGCCAGUCGAGCGAAUCUAGCGCUGCCCCUGAAGGGAACCACAAAUGGAGGCAGCAGCUCCGUUUCCAGUAAGGAUGAGCUAAACCGACAGCUGUACGAGAAGGAGCAGUCUGCAGGCGCUGGAUAUGCGAGAAACAGCAUUAAUCUAGAUGGUCUCAAGGUGUCCGACGAUGAGACUCCGUAGCUAUGGUUCGACAAGCUUGCUGCUGGACGACGAGACGGAGGGUAACAGCGACUAGGAUAACCAGACAAAAGACAUUUGAGAGACAUUAAUGGUAUUAACCUUAAGUAUUAAUUCGCAAGUACUUUAAAGUUGGUUGGACAACAGUCCCAAAUAUAAUGCGCAUUCCUAGUUUAUAUUUGGGCCUUUUACCAACCGGUGCCCCAGUUUUUUUUAUAAGCAUAACUAUUGCAGAACGAUUGUUCAUGAACAAAUACUUACUUAUAAACUAAGAUAUUCUUAAUUUCGCGACUAAUUCCAAUCAUCAGAUCACCAGUUAGCCACUUUCAUAACUUCAAUAUUCCAAGUAAUUUAAGGAUAACGUUUGAAACUCAUCUAGCUGGCCAUAUUCUUAUGAGCUUAACCCGCAGCUAAGACGGUUGUUAGGAGGAUUUCUCCUUCACAUCCUUGCAUCCUCAUCGGAAACCCUUGCCUUUACUAAAAAUGAACAGACUUAAUAACAGAUAUACCGACAUAUAUACGUAUUGAAGCAUAAUACAGGUUCGAUGUUUGCGGAAUAGCAUUUAGUGCCAGAAAUCUAAAGAAAUUGUAUGAGAUUUAGGAAAGCAUUGAUAGAAAUGCUGCUAUUUAUUAAUCGACAUUAUUGGAAAUUAUACAAGUAAUUCUCACUACAUAUUUCGAUAUUUUUGCAGUUGCCUAGUCCGAAAUUCUUUUAGUUUUUCAAAAGUCUAUCGAUAUUCAGCGGCAUAGUUGAUCUUUUACAAAAAAAUAUAUAUACACAUUAAACAAAUCGGAACUCAAAAUAUUUACGUAUUAUAACAUAGCAAUAUUAGUAUUUUAGUUAUUGAUAAAUAACAAUUUAUUAACUAUUAAAAUUAUAUAUAAAAUACAAAUGAUAUGCCAAUAAAGGUAGCAUGUUACAAGAU